AUGCGAACUAAAUUUGUGAUCGCACAAAAUCAAGAUGUUAGAUUGAUGCAGAAGAACACUCCGGUCCAAAGGGAAAGUUUUCCUCUCACGAGUUUGGAGCUGAGGGCCGGCGGGGCAAGCCAAGGUGGUGAAGAGCUGGGAAGGCUGCCUGAGCAGGCAGAGGACGAAUCCCAGGUUUUGCACGGAACUGGCCACUGCAAGUGGUUCAAUGUGCGCAUGGGAUUUGGAUUCAUCUCCAUGAUAAGCCGAGAGGGAAGUCCCUUGGAUAUUCCAGUGGAUGUAUUUGUACACCAAAGCAAACUAUUCAUGGAAGGAUUUAGAAGCUUGAAAGAAGGAGAGCCAGUGGAAUUCACAUUUAAAAAAUCUUCCAAAGGCCUCGAAUCAAUACGGGUAACAGGACCAGGUGGGAGCCCCUGUUUAGGAAGUGAAAGAAGACCUAAAGGGAAGACACUACAAAAAAGAAGACCAAAAGGAGAUAGGUGGAGACGGCAGGAUUUACUGAUGGAUCAGAUGUGGACUGUGAGAGAAGAAGAGUCCAGGAUGAUUCCAAGAUGUUACAACUGUGGCGGCCUUGACCAUCAUGCUAAGGAAUGUAGUCUACCUCCUCAGCCAAAGAAGUGCCAUUGCUGUCAGAGCAUCCUGCACAUGGUGGCAAACUGCCCACACAAAACUGUUGCACAGCUGCCCGGCAGUUCUCAGGGAAGACAGGAAGCAGAAUCCCAGCCAUGCACAUCUCCUUCCCCUAGAGAAGUGGGAGGGGGGCAUGGCUGCACGUCACCCUUUCCUCAGGAGGUUAGGCCAGAGCCGUCUGAGCGGCCAGGCAGGCCACCUCAAGAAGCUUCUUCCAUGAAGGCGUUUGUAGCACCCGAAGAGCAAAACAAAAAGGGGCCUUCAGUUCAAAAACGGAAAAAGACAUAA